AUGAGAGUGAUAAACGUUUUACUUAUACUAUUCAUUUCAAUAUUUUCGGUUGAUGCCCUUCCAGUCAAUGUGGAAAGAGGGUUUUGGCUGGAUAUAUUUGGUUCUAAGGAUACAGCACAAUCUGAUGUUCUUGCCCAACCUUCUCCAAUCACCCAAUCAACUUCCACUUUUGUUCCAAUAGUUUCGGCUGAACCUUCGAUUGUGGCCACCAAUAAUAAUGUUCAAGUAGAACAAACUCCAACAACUACAAAAUCUUCUUGGGGAAGCUUCUUCGGACAAGCUGUCCAAGGGGCUAUUAAAUUCUUGGAGGGGGAUGAUGAGACAAACAACUCACCUGCUCCAGCUCCAGCUACCCCAGUUGUUUCAUCCGCCUCGCCCGCUAUAACUUUAACAGAAGACGAGUCUACAAUGAAAGAAACUACUGUUUUGAUUCUCGAGACAGUGACAGAAUAUGGCGAUGAUCUUCCUAGUUCCACCAUUCCUCCACAAGCAGCAUCUACAACAACAAGUGGACUUUCACAUGAUGAAGUUUUCAGUCUUUUGCUCGGAUCAGGAUCUCAACAAUCAUCCUCCGCAUCAACACAGAGUGCACCCCAACCAACAGCAGGAGUUUCCUUCCAAGGCGGAUCCCCAGGUAUGCUUAGUGGUUCUAUUGAUGUCCUGACGGCAACUGCCAUUAAUGGUGGCAGCAGCCAAGGAGCUCAAGUUUCCGUUGGAGCGAAAGGAAUCACCUACUCACCGUAUACCAAGAGUGGACAAUGUAAGACUGCUGCAGAAGUUGCAUCAGAUAUUGCAAAAUUAAGUGACUUUGACCUUAUUAGAUUAUAUAGUACUGAUUGUUCUGGGAUUGAGAAUGUUUUAGCAGCUAUUAAUUCUAAUCAACAAUUAUUUUUGGGGGUUUGGACUAUAAAUCCAGUACAAAAUGAAUUGAAUGAUAUCGUGAAUGCUAUUGGAGGAAGUAGUCGUGGUUGGGGAGUUGUUCAUACUAUUGCUAUUGGGAAUGAACUAGUCAAUUCUGGUGCGGCAACUGUUGGAGAUAUUCAAAGUGCUGUAAGUGCGGCUAGACAAUAUUUGAAAACUAAUGCUCCUGAUUAUAACGGAUAUAUUGUUUCGGUAGAUACUUUGGUUGCGGUAGUGGCUAAUCCUGCAUUAUGUCAAGUAUCUGAUUAUCUUGCCGUUAAUUCACAUCCAUAUUGGGAUGGUAAUGUAGAUCCAAGUAAUUCUGGUCCUUGGUUAGAACAACAAAUUGCCAAUUUACAAGGUGCUUGUGGAUCAGAUAAACAAGUUUUGAUUACUGAAACUGGUUGGCCAACUCAAGGUCAACCAUAUGGAAAUUGUGUUCCAUCGGUUGCAAAUCAAGUUUCCGCAAUUCAAUCAAUUGUGCAAUCAUUAGGUUCUAAAGUGUUUGUGUUUACUAUGUAUAAUGAUUAUUGGAAAGAUCCUGGACCUUAUGGGGUUGAACAACAUUGGGGUGUAUUUGGUGAUCCAAGUGUUUAG